GUUGAGUAAUCAGUCAGUCUACUCUUAUACAUUUAACAAUUAACAUUGAAAAACGUAAAAAAUCAUCAAUUCCUUUAUUUAAAAAAUCGGUGGAAACAGGAUGAAAUUCUUUCACGUAAUUUUAGCCAUUGUUUUGGCAAUAUUCGCUUUUAUUGCUCAAACUAAUGCUGACUUUUGUCCCUGUCCCCGUAAUUAUGAUCCCGUAUGUGGCUCAAAUUCUGUGACUUAUGCGAAUCGUUGUCAAUUUGAUUGUAGUAGACGUGAAGUGGAACGCAGUGGACGCAGUUUAUCAUUGAUGCGUUCUGGUCCCUGCUAAGGAUAUUAUACAGUAUGGAAUCAAUGUUCCAUGUCUAUUUUCUAACAAAUAUGUUGUUGUCUUGCAUUACAAAUAUAAUUGUGUAUGUAUAUACAUUAAUAAAUAAAAUGUUGUAAAUUACUAAAAAGUG